AUGGAUUUAUCCCCUGAAGAAGUAAGCAGUCCCGAGAGUGGGCGUACGGUGCUCUACCGUAAGCGGAGUGCCUCUACUUCGAGUCAUGCCUCGUCUACUCUCGCUUCGUCAGAAGACGAUCAACCUUUUCAGGACGUUGUGAAACGAGCUCGCAAAGCCAACCUGGGGAAUGACGGGCGGAUCACCUCUCUUGAGGGAACUACCGUGAUAUUUGCUCCGCUGGACCGGACAUCGAACCUCGCUAAGCUCAACCACUUGAAGCUUUCUCAGUUCCUUACAUCUGAACUCCCGGGAAGGAUUAAGGAGAUCCGACCGAACCACGCAAAGAACAUCAUAGCAGUCGAUGUAGUUGCCCCAGCUGCCAAGAUAGCGCUCCUGCAACUUGAGCGAAUCUGCACCAUACCAGUCCGUGCCUACGAGCCGCGGCCCGUGAACUCGAGCUGUGGUGUCAUCGUCGGCAUUGACUUGUCCCUCUCGGACAGCCAGAUAAAGGACGCUAUAACGUCCGGCCCUCCGCUUCUCGUGGCUAGAAGAAUUCGACGGGACGCUGGUACGGUGAGGCUCACAUUCCUUGGGAAGAAACCCCCUAAAAGCGUCAGUUUCCAGUUACUCACGAUGCAAGUCCGAGAGUAUCUGCCCCGUGUAGUCCAAUGCGACAACUGCCUCCGAUACGGUCACGUGGCUGCUUGCUGCAGCCGUCGAAAAAUGUGCCCAAACUGCGGUACCUCCCACGAGAACCCAGUGUGUCCAGAAUCCGAACCGACUUGCGCUAAUUGCCGAGGAAAGCAUUCUGCCUCGUCCAGGGACUGCCCGUUGUUUAAGGAGCAAAGGCGCAUCGCAAGGGAACGCUCACGCUCCAACAGCAGCUAUAGAGAGGCAAAAGCCAAAGUCCGCCAUGCAAAGCGGUCGAGUAAGCCAAAGACAUACAGGCGUGGAAUGUCCCCGUCCAAGCCAGGAAACCCAGGUGCCCGUCUGCCAUCUAAAAGCCCUCACGCGUCUCCUCAGCAAGUCAUCUGGGCGGACACUGACUUCCCCCCGCUGGAGCCCACAGUGGUCUCGGUGACGGAAGAGAGCCUGCCCCCACAGAUACGUAAACAGAAGACUACGGGCCCUCCCACUUCCCCACGACCCCCAGCCAUCUCCUCGCCAGCUUACCAAAAGGCGUUAAACCGGCAACAGGGUACAGAUCUGCCCUUGGUCAUCAUUCAGCUACUCUUUGCUGCGUUGAAGGCCAUUGUCUCAGCCGUCCCCGGAUGUACCGUUCUAGCUGAAAUCCAAUCGAUCCUACAACUGGAAACCGUGAUUGCGCCCCUGCUCGCGUCUGCCAACAAGAGCUAA